AUGCAGCUUAUAAACAGUACCUGGUUUCAGCCACCCACUCUCCUUCUAACAGGCAUCCCUGGUCUGGAGACUGUACAAAUAUGGAUCUCUAUCCCACUAGGUGCCAUGUACCUAAUUGCCCUCCUAGGCAACUGCACCAUCCUCUGUGUUAUCAAAACCACUCCCAGCCUUCAUGAACCUCAAUAUAUCUUCCUGUCUAUGCUGGCAGCCACAGAUGUGGGUCUUUCUUUAUCAACUCUACCCACCGUAUUUAAUGUCUUCUUUCUGAAUCACAGAGAAAUUGAGUUCCACUUUUGCCUUAUACAGAUGUUCUUCAUCCAUACUUUCUCCUCCAUGGAAUCAGCCAUCCUGUUGGCCAUGGCCUUUGACCGCUUUGUAGCUAUUCACAACCCACUGCACUAUACUGUGGUUUUAAUCCCUUCUAGGAUUAUUUGGAUGGGACUUGUGGCUAUGGCUCGGGGUGUGGCAUUGAUGUCCCCAUUGCCAAUCCUACUCAAGAAAUUGCCCUUCUGCAAGGGCAUCAUUCUAUCCCAUUGUUACUGCUACCACCCUGAUGUAAUGAAGUUGGCAUGUGGCCCUGUCAGAGUCAAUAUAAUCUAUGGGUUGUGCCUUGUCCUCUGCUCCUUUGGAGUUGACUCUAUGUUCAUUAUAAUUUCAUACACACUGAUUUUGAAAACAGUGCUGAGUAUUGCCUCAAAAGACGGUCAGCUCAAGGCACUUAAUACUUGUGUUUCCCACAUCUUUACUGUCUUCAUCUUUUAUAUACCACUUAUUGUGCUGGCCUUAAUUCAUAGGUUUGGUACAUUCCCAUCUCCUCUUCUCCAUGUAACCAUGGCAAACCUCUUCCUCUUCUUGACCCCUGUCCUUAAUCCCUUGGUAUACAGCCUAAAAACCAAACAGAUCAGGUCAACCUUGCAUAAGGUAUUCAAGGGCAGGAGAAAUGUACUAAAGUAA